AUGAAUGAUAUAGAUAAGAAACGUACUCUAGAGGAAGCCAGCAGUGUAGGUGAUGAGCAGCCAGAUGAACCAAAGGUUACAUCAGAGGAGGAGGAGCAAGCCACAAAGAAAACAAAGACAGAGACAGAGACAGCGACAGAGACUACAGCACCAGUAGCCACUGAAUCAUCAUCAACAACAUCAACAUCUACAAAAACCGAAACCAGUGGAGAAAGUAAACCAACUACCACUACCGAGGAGGCCAAGUCUAAUGGCGACAAGGCAGAGGACAAAGCAACUCCUUGGACAUUCAAGGCAUUCCAAUCCAAUCCAGAUCCUUCAAAACCAUUCACUAGUCCAUUUAGCUUUAGUUCGUUCGCCUCGACACCUGGCGCAUCACCAUUCUCAUUCAACCUAAACACGACGACAUCGUUCACCAAUGGAUUCUCAAAAGCCACCACCGAAUCCGAUGGCAACAACAAGGAGGCCUCAUCAGAGUCCACCGACGGAGCCAUCGCUGAUGGUGAGGACUAUUCAAAGUCUGCAACAUAUGUUCCAAUCCUACAGAGCCUACAGCCUAUUCAGACACUCACUGGUGAGGAGGAUGAGAAGACAUUGUGCUCUGCUAAAGGCAAGCUCUAUAUAUUCAACGAGUCCUAUAAGGAGAGAGGAGUUGGAAUGCUCAAGUUGAACAGGAACACAACAACAGGCAACAGUAGACUAUUAUUGAAUAUUGAUGGAUCAAAGAGAUCGGCCUUGAAUGUAGCCAUCUUUGCAACAAUGACCAUUGACACGCCAACUGAGAAAUCACUGCGAUUCACUGCGUUUGAGGACGGCAAGUUCCACAGCUUCCUGGUCAACAUGAAGAAGCCCGAUGAGAUCACAUUGUUUGAGACCAACAUCAAGAAGCAGAUCGCCAUCUUGAAGGAGAAGCAGCCUGUCCCAGCUGCCACUGUUCCUGCUGCUGAGACCACCACUGAGGCAUCUAACACAACAGAGGCCGCCGUACCAGCUACCACCACCACCGCCACCUCCAACGAAUCAACGCCAAAGAAAGAGGAGAAGGAGACCAAGGCAGAAUAA